AUCACACGAUGUUGUUACCAAUUCCUUGUGUUUAUUAACAAAAUACACAAAACAUUGAAGACUAAAUGCACAGAUGUUUUUCAAAAAUGGAUUUAAAGCAAUUUAAAAAAAAUUAAAAAUGACUGGAUUACCUAUUUGCCCUUUCUGUCAAAACAGUGUUUCAGAACGCAGAAAAAGUCUAAAAUGUGAUGGAAUGUGUAAGAAGACGUACCACACUUCUUGUAUAAGAUGGAGCUCUGAAGAGUAUCAAAGUUAUGUUACAAUCAGCAAUAAAGUCAAGUGGUUUUGUCCAUCUUGUGUUAACUCUUUAGAAAGGGUUUUCGUCAAAGAAUCCGUGUUUGAUCUUACUUCAAAUGACAGUAAAAACAGUUUAAGAGAUGGCGAAAGGACUGACAUAAAUAAGGUUUGUUCGUUUGCAAUAGAUGAAAAUUUGAUGAACAAAACAAAAAGCAUUGACAGCUUUCAUUGGGUCAAUGAUGAAAAGUGUUGGCUUAUUGAUCAAUAUCACAAAGCAAAAGAAAAGCCUAAAAUGCAGGAACAAUAUAAAAAGACAUUUGUAAAAGAUAUAAUAAAUGAAAGAGAGGUGAGGUCAAAACCAAUGACACCAAGAUCAUUAGACUUUUAUCAAAAAAGUGCCAACGUAUACAAUACUGAUAAAAGUUCAACAAAUCAGUUUCAACUCACCCCUCCAUUUUGGCAAUACCAAAAGCCCAUAUAUUCCAAUUGCAAUGAUAUUGUAAACAACCCACAAAACUCUUACACAAAUGAUAUCAUUAAAAUGCAAUCUAAAUCUGAUAAACCAAAUACCAGUAAAACUGUUGAUACCAAUUCCAACCAUAUUGUAAAUGAUGUGCGACACUCAGAUGAAAUUUGGAAGAAAAGUGUUAAUAAAUUGCAUGCAUUAUCAUUUUUAAGCAGAGGAAGAAAAAGUAAAACCAAAAAGCCAUCGACCAUGGAGAGAAAAUUUAAGAAAAAAGAAGUAGGAAAUCCCAAAGAAAAGGAAUUGGGCCUGCAACACCUUACCACUGAUUCAGGAGAAUCAUUAAUCCUUCAUAUCACAUACAUGCGGAAAAAAGAUAAAUAUAAAAAAAGUGUGAGUAUUCCAACUUUAAAGAAAAAUAAGCACAUGAAAGAAAGGGGUAUAAAAAUUAAAGACAGCAAGCAUGGCUUCCAUUUUGACAGAGAUAGUCCAACAAAUAUGAAAAAAGAAAAAAUUGUUAAACAUAUAUCCACUGAUUCAGGCGAGUCUUUUCUCCUGCAUACAAUCAAAAGCAAUAGGCAAGGUGAUGAAUUUGUCGAGUCUAUAGAAUUUUUGGAAGAAGCUGAAAUGGACAAAGAACAAAAUCCUAUUUGCACUACUAUACAAGACAACACCUUACUUGCCGUACGCAAUAAAAAAAUACUAAGUAAACAAGGAAAUAUUGGCAUUAAAUGUGUCUCUCCAAUAAUAUCUGUUCAGUCAUUGGAAAAAGCAAGUUUCAGCCAAACAUGUCUUGAUAGAAAGCAAAUGAAUCUUGAAGGGAAUAUUUCUAAGACAAAUAGUUCAGAACCAUUAGAUGCUUCCACAAUACAAAAUAUACCAAGAACCAUGAAUAAGGCUCAAAUGAAUCCAUGGGGAGAAAAUUUUGAAAAUGUUCAUACACUUUUCAAACAGAAACAACUGAAUGAGAUGUCUCUUUUUUCAGACAGAAAUAUUGAUUUGUUAAAAACAUAUAAAGAUUACACAGAAAAAAAUAAUCUAUCUCAGGAUGGAAAUAUGUUCCCUUCAAUAAAAACCAAUGGCGAAGAUAUUGUUGAAGAAAUUAUUGAAAACAUCACAAACACUCUAGAAACCAUUAAACAAAAUGAAAAACUUAAAAAAGAAGAAAGAGAAGGUACCAAUCCAAUCAUUGAACAUGCUGAGUCAACACAGUCUUACAUUACUCAAUUCAAAUGUUUCAAUAGUAACGAGUCUGGCAGAUGUACAACAAAUGAAAUGAGAAUUAUUAACAGUGCAUUAUUAAUACAAACAAAUCCUGAAGAAUCUGUUCAUGAACAAAGUAAUCUUGACUAUAAAGAAAAUAAAGUCAAAAAUAGCAAAAUAGAGAAAAAUGAACUUAACAGAGAAAUUAGUAAAGGGUGUAGACAAAAUAAAUCAGAAGAAUCAUCACUGCAGCAUGCACCACUUGAAGAAAGAAAAGAUAUCACAAAAUCUAAUCCACCAAAUGUAUCAAUAAACCACAGCGAGUCCGCUUCCAAACGCAAAGAUGCUUCAAAAAAGAAUAAACACAAAGACAAAGUGGAAAACGAAAAUAAGACACAUUUAAAUCACAAUUACAACACAAAUAGAAAUGCUGUGAUAAACACAAAAAUAAGUGACUCAGUGCAAAACCCUACAACUUCUGAAAAUAUUUGCAAGAAAAAGUCAAAAACUCAAAAUCAACCUGAUCUUGGAUAUCUUGAAUCUGCUAUCGGCAUAAUUUCAAAUAUGCUAUCACAUAAAAUGAAAAAACAGGAUGAAGAAACCCAGGUAGAUUUGAGUGAAUGGACUUCAUUUGAAAAUGCAUUGACACAAACUAGUACUUUCAAAAUACCGUGCUCGACCAUAGCGAUCAACACGUCCUGUUCAAUGAGCUUGCUCAAAGAUGAAGUGUGCCAGUGUCCAGAGUUAUGUCUCCAAGAAAAUGCUGGAAGGACUAAAAUUCAAGAAUUAAAAAAUACAUUUUUAAAAUUAGAACAAUUUUCAAGAAGGAGUAAGCCUGAUUUGAGCAAAAGCCAUAUGGAUAGAGCGUAUAAACCUACAGUGACCUUCUCAGAUACGCCAAACAUAAGUAAAGAAUUAAAGCAGCACAAGGUGCAGGAAUGGCUUUACACUGCCAAGCAAGAUCAGUUGAACAAGCCAAAACAAGUUAAGCCUGACAACAUCUUUAAAAUUGCAAACCGUAAAACCUUGCUUGAGAAAAAUAAACUGAUGUUUGAAGGCCCAUUGGUCAAACAGCCACUCAAAGAAGAGGCUAUAGCCGAAUCUAGUCAUGUUUCUUGACCACUAUAAAAACAAGAGCUAUACCAAGAAGUUGAAAAAUUGCAAAAUAUAAUCCAUACAAAAUUAA